CUGCGCGAGCUCCUCCCGCCCUGGGUCUUUGCCGUUCCCAAGCGGCAGACCACGCACGGCGCCAAGCGCAUGCGCGCGUCCAACAAGGGUCUCAAGGAGAAGCAGAACCUCGUCGCGUGCCCGUCGUGCGGCGCGCCGAAACUCGCCCACCACCUGUGCCACGGCUGCCACGUCUCGUUCCGCCGCGAG